ACAACCUCGACAUCUACAUCUUCAGGACAUUUUCUAGAAACGAACACUUCUCCCAGAGAAAAAGAUAGUGAUAGUGAAAAAGAGCAACCACAUGGUUCUCAAUAUCUCAAUCCAAACUGUUUAUUGUUAACUUAUUUUACCGGAGAUAUCGCCACAAAUGUCGAUGAACAUUUUAGUAAAGCUUUAAGUCAACCUAGUAGUUAUACU